UGCUCGUUCGAGAGGUCAGUACCAGGAUUAGCAGAUUCUAAAGCUUUGAAUUCCACGUAGGUCCACUACUUAUGCUCAUGCAAGCCAAAACCAUCACGAGAGAAAAGAAGAUUGGAUGAAAUUGGUUCCACCACCACCUCACCUCAGUCCCUAUAAAUGAGCCUCAGUCAAGUACCAUCCUUCACCAAACUGAACCACCGCUUACUCCUCUCCCAUCAGAAAUGGCGUCAGGGUCGCUAUCCCGCAGCUCCUCUGGCUCCUCCUCAUGGACGGAGCAGCAGAAUAAGCUCUUCGAGCGCGCACUGGCAGUCUACGACAAGGACACUCCCAACCGGUGGCACAACGUGGCCCGCGCCGUCGGCGGCGGUAAGACCGCCGAGGAGGUCAAAUCCCACUACGACCUGCUCAUCGAGGAUCUCAAAAGCAUUGAGUCCGGCCGAGUCCCCUACCCAAACUACAAAUAGCCCGAAACCAGGCUGAGCAUGAAAGUAGAAGGUUUUGCAGUGGAAUACUCUGUAUCAAACACUAUGAAGUAGAAAGCCAUGGAUGGUUCUCCAAUACACUGCACACUAUGUACGUGUAUAAGUACGUGUAUAUUUUUAUAUUUAUAUUUAUAUAUGUCUGCUACGUAAGUUCUCAAGAUUGCUCAGCUUCAAUCUGGAUGUGUUGGGACAAGUACUGUGUAUUCUGACAAUUUUAUAUGACUGAAAUGCUGCAAAUUUAGAUUAAUAUA